GCACCCGCGCCCAUCCCGCCGGCGCCGUCACGGUGAUUCAAGCACACUGCAUAAGUACCACUAUUCGCAGUCUUCCACACCCACAAGCCGUCGCUGACGAGGAGGAUAAUGUCGCGCUUCAGCAGGGCGUUCCUCGCGAUUGCCGUGUUCCUGUUUUUCAUUGGAUCGAUCGCGCUGCUGCACCCUCCGACGCGCUCGUAUAUCGACCCGUGGACCGGGGAGCUGUUCGGGGAGGGCGGCGUGGAGAAGGAGCUGCACAAUUUUCCUGCGAUCCAUGGUGAGGCGGUACAUGGCGGGGUCAUCAUGUCGAAGCUAGGGAACGCGACUGCAAAGGCGGAGCUGGGGAGGGCGACGUGGAAACUAUUGCACACCAUGACAUUGAGGUUCCCAGAGGAACCGACACAAGACCAACGAGACGCACUCGACAGCUACUUCCACCUCUUCUCCCGACUAUACCCCUGCGGCGAAUGCGCGGCCGAGUUCCAGCAGCUGCUCCGGCGAUAUCCUCCCCAGACAUCCUCCCGCAGAUCAGCCGCGACAUGGCUCUGCUUCGUGCACAACCUCGUGAACGAGCGGCUUGGCAAGCCCGAGUUCGACUGCGCCAACCUCGACGCGACGUACGACUGCGGGUGCGGCGACGACCCGUCCGGGGCGUCCGGCUCGGACUCGGGCGCGGGCGACCCGAUGGACCUCGAGCGCGACGUCGGCAAGGAUGAGCUCACCGGCGUAGGUAUGAUCAAGGGCGGCAGGUAGCGUGCUGUGCCACUGAUGUGCAGAGACUCGGAGGUACAGUACAGUGUUUGAGUAAGUUGUAUGUCAAUUUUGGGUAAUGCACCUGGAUCUGCAGUGUUUAUUGUAUUUUGUAUUGAGGGCUCACGUUCAUUUAUUGACAUUCUUGGAUUACCCCACUAGACCUGGGCAACGUUCCAUACGGCCGCGGAACCCACGAACCCAGGCUGACUGUAUAUGUUCCUACGGUCCACCC